AUGGACGACCUCAAGUCGCUGGAUUCGGCCCUUGACUACAUCGCAGCCAUCGAACUUCAGUCGAAGGCCAAAGAGUGCUCCACCGCGACCGCCAUCAAAGCGCCUGCGAAGAAGAAAAUCGAGCUACUUGACAUGCCAAACGAGAUGUUGAAGCACAUCUUCGAGGCCGUCUUUGUCGGAGAAGAAAUCUACUUCGUCGUCGGAGUCGGUCGACUACCGUACGAUCUAGGAGGACCAGAUUCAGGAGGACAAGAUCAAUCUUGGGCCGAGAGUCCUCGCCAGUGGAACGAGCCGUGGGCACCUAAUCUGCGGCUGGUAUCGUCUGUCUUCAAAGCCAUGGUCACCCCGAUUCUCAUCGAAUAUGCUAUCCUUCAUGUCGAGCGAGGUCAACAACGCGAGUCUGGAGCCUUAGCGUUGGCGCCGCGAGCCUUAGAGUUGGCGCCGCUAUGUCCUUCGUUGCUGACGUCCCACCUCAAGUGCGUACGCAUCAAGGACUACGGAGCCUCAUCUUUCAUACGCCCCGUCAAGGAGGUCGAUGUCACAGGACUGCCAAACCUAAGAACCGUCGCAUUCGGGCCUUUCGAUAUUGCAGACACCUUGAAGGCGAUCACUAUAGGUUUGCGUCACCUGCCAUCGGAGCAGCAGAAAGCAGCACACCUUUACCACCUUGAACGACGGACGGUUUGCUUUCCUAUAGCGGACCAUCUUAGGAUCUUCCGCGGAGAUGCGCAGACCCGGCUCCAAAAUUUGUGCAAGGCCUUUCUGCCAAGCUUCGAUGACCCGAAGAGAUACCAUGACAUGAUGUAUCAGUUCUGGAAAGACUACUGGAUGGUCUCGCGUGACGCCAUCCAAGGCCUGCGUUCUAGCACGAACGUCAAUGUCACCAUGGUGGAUGAGGCGCGGAAGUCCGUGAUUGCUCUUGUCAAGAUUCCUGAUGGCGCGGCUCCGUCGGUAGAUUUCCUUGAUGAAGCCAUCUCGAAGCAUAAAGAGAGUCCAUUCUUGCUGGUCUUUCGCGAAGCGUAG